AAACGUCCGCGAAGGCCUCGCUGCCCACCCCUCCCUUGGGGAGGCUCGCGCUCCCGCUGCUCGCGCCUGCGCCGCCCGCCGGCCUCGGGAGCGCGCCCUCUCGCUGGUGCGCGCGCUCGCAAUCUUCGCCACCCACCAGCUCCCGCACCCGCAGCAGAGCCGCCGCCGCCGCCCACCUUCUGCCGCUGCCACCACAGCCACUUUCUCCUCUCUUUCCUCUACUGUCCUCGCCCUCUGUCGACUAUCAGGUGGGCCUUGACCCAGGAUGGCUGAGCCCCGCCAGGAGUUCACCAUGAUGGAAGAUCAUGCUGGGGCGUACGGGAUGGGGGAGAGGAAGGAUCUCCCCUCUCAGGGGGGCUACACCCUACUGCAAGACCACGAAGGGGACGUGGACCAUGGCCUGAAAGAAUCUCCCCUGCAGACCCCCGCUGAUGAUGGAUCUGAGGAACCGGGCUCUGAAACCUCUGAUGCUAAGAGCACGCCGACCGCCGAAGACGUGACAGCGCCCUUAGUGGAUGAGGGAGCCCCUGGAGAGCAGGCAGCCGCUCAGCCCCACACGGAGAUCCCAGAAGGAGCCACAGCUGAGGAAGCAGGCAUUGGAGACACCCCCAACCUGGAAGACCAAGCUGCUGGACACGUGACUCAAGAGGAGUUGAGAGUUCCAGGCCCGCAGAGGGAGGUACCUGAGAGGCCCCCGGUCAACGGGCUUAGCUCUCAGGAUCAGCCUGAACACGGCAGAGAAGCUUCUGGGGUCUCUGUGCUGCCUCUGGGGGAGAAACGGCCAGAGGCCGCCGCACUGGUGGUCUCUUGCCAUUCCCAGCGUCACCCCAUCUGCGAACCACCUUCUCCAACAGGAGGCCCUCAGGAGCCCCACCAGCAGUGGGGACCAAAACCAGGGGAUGAGGUCAAGGGGGGUCUGGCCUUUCCAAAGCCCACCUCCCUUGGAAGUCUCCAGAUGGAACCUGGGAGUGUCAGGGCUGUCCAGGAGAGCCUACUCGGGGAGCCAGGGCACCAUCAAGGUGAGGCCACCGACCCGGGCACCCUGGGUCUGACAGGCCAGCAUGGGUCCUACACGCCGGGGGCUCCCGUCGAGGCUGACGGCCCCAGGGAGGCCACACGCCAGCCUGCGGGGACAGAACCUGAGGACACAGAGGGCAGUCGCCAUGGCUUGGAGACAAUGGAGCACCAGCUUUUGGGAGACCUGCGCCAGGAUUGGCCACCUCUGAAGGGGGACUGUGGCAAAGAGAGGCGGGGGAGCAAGGAAGUCGAUGAAGACCGCGAUGUGGACGAGUCCUUGCCUCAGGACUCCCCUCCCUCCUCCCAGAGCUCCCCCACCCGAGGCGGGCCACCCCCCCCAACAGUUUCCAGAGGAACCACCGGCUUCCCCAGUUUCCCAGCUGAGGGUGCCAUCCGCCUCCCUGUCGAUUUCCUCUCCAACGUCUCCACAGAGAUUGAGGCCUCACAGCCCCACGGGCCCAGCUCAGGGCCCUCGGUGGAAGGGCAGGACAUGCCCCCCGAGUUCACCUUCCACGUGGAAAUCAAAGCCAACGUGCAGAAGGAACAGGGACAUUCAGAGCUGGAUUUGGAAGGGGCUGCCCUCCCAGGGCCCCCUGGAGAGGAGCGAGAGUCCCUGGGCCCUUCUGAGGGAGAGGACACAAAAAAGACUGACCUUCCAGAACCUUCUGAAAAGCAGCCUGCCGCUGUUCUGCCAGGGAAGCCUGUCAGCCGGGUCCCUCAACUCAAAGCUCGCAUGGUCAGUAAAGGCAAAGAUGGGACUGGACCCGAGGACAAAAAAGCCAAGACAUCCACACCUUCCUCUGCUAAAACCCUGAAAACUAGGCCUUGCCUUAGCCCCAAACGCCCCACUCCUGGUAGCUCAGACCCUUUGAUCAAACCCUCCAGCCCUGCCGUGUGCCCAGAGUCAUCUUCCUCUCCUAAACACGUCUCUUCUGUCACACCCCGAACUGGCAGUUCUGGAGCAAAGGAAAUGAAAGUCAAGGGGGCGGAUGGUAGAACCGGAACGAAGAUCGCCACACCCCGGGGAGCAGCCCCUCCAGGCCAGAAAGGCCAGGCCAACGCCACCAGGAUUCCAGCGAAAACCACGCCCUCCCCAAAGACCCCGCCGGGCACCGCUACCAAGCAAGUGCAGAGAAAACCACCCCCUGCGGGGGCAAAAUCCGCGCGAGGUGAGCCUGGGAAAUCUGGGGACCACAGCGGCUACAGCAGCCCUGGCUCCCCGGGCACUCCUGGCAGCCGCUCCCGCACCCCGUCACUGCCAACCCCGCCCACUCGGGAGCCCAAGAAGGUGGCGGUGGUCCGCACGCCACCCAAGUCGCCGUCUUCAGCCAAGAGCCGCCUGCAGACCGCCCCCGUCCCCAUGCCAGACCUGAAGAACGUCCGAUCCAAGAUCGGCUCCACCGAAAACCUGAAGCACCAGCCAGGAGGCGGGAAGGUGCAGAUAAUUAAUAAGAAGCUGGAUCUUAGCAACGUCCAGUCCAAGUGUGGCUCAAAGGAUAAUAUCAAACACGUGCCAGGAGGCGGCGCUGUGCAAAUAGUGUACAAACCAGUGGACCUGAGCAAGGUGACCUCCAAGUGUGGCUCAUUAGGCAACAUCCAUCAUAAGCCAGGGGGUGGCCAGGUGGAAGUAAAAUCUGAGAAGCUGGACUUCAAGGACAGAGUCCAGUCGAAGAUCGGGUCCCUGGACAACAUCACCCAUGUCCCUGGUGGAGGGAAUAAAAAGAUCGAAACCCACAAGCUGACCUUCCGCGAGAAUGCCAAAGCCAAGACCGACCACGGGGCGGAGAUCGUGUACAAGUCGCCCGUGGUGUCCGGGGACACGUCUCCGCGGCACCUCAGCAACGUGUCCUCCACGGGCAGCAUCGACAUGGUAGACUCGCCCCAGCUCGCCACGCUAGCCGACGAAGUGUCCGCCUCCCUGGCCAAGCAGGGUUUGUGAUCAGGCCCCCGGGGCGGUCAAUAAUCGUGGAGAGGAGAGAGUGUGGAAAAAAAAAGAAUAAUGAUCUGGCCCUUCGCCCUCUGCCCUCCCCCAGCUGCUCCUCACAGACCGGCUCAUCGGUUAAUCACUUAACCUGCUUUUGUCGCUCGGCUCUGGCUCGGGACUUCAAAAUCAGUGACGGGGCAAAAGAGCAAAUUUCAUCUUUCCAAAUUGAUGGGUGGGCUCAUAACAAUAAAAUAUUUUUAAAAACAUUUAAAAAGAUGGCCACACCCAACAUUUCCUUGGGCAAUUACUUUUGAUUCUUUUUUUUUCCCCUCUGAGUAGAGGAGGGAGGAGAGGCUCUGAAAGCUGCUUCUGGGGCAUCUCGAGGGACUGGGGGCGCCCCUGCCCUGCUCCAUCCUGGGGGUGUCACAGAGGCAGCGGCAGCAACAAAGGAUUUGAACCCGGGGUGCCAUGUUGGAGCCGUAGGCCGAUGUCAACCUUGUUGGGGG